UCAACUAGUGACCCUUGCGCCGAUAACUGGGCAUAAAAUGUUUAUCUUAAUCUAUUUCAUGUUGUGCUCUAUGUUCGGGAAAACAUUAAUGGCGCGAUCAUUGUACGAAUACAACAUUGAACGACAGAACAUACUUGAUGAAGAGUUCGAGAUGCAAGUGGGAGGCAGACUGCGCCUCACCGAUGAAGAGAAUAUUGCGAACGACAUACUCAUGCACUGGAAGCACUUAGAGGUACAGGAAUCGUUCGAUAAUCCACAAUAUUUCAACUUCUCAAAGCACUACUUUAAAUAUAGAAACCAAAUUGAAAAGUCAAAAGUGUAUCAGAUCAUACGAAAGAUGCCAAAGGGCGGCGCUCUGCACGUUCACAGCUCCCUCAUGUUGAGUGCCGAUCGAGUAAUGGAGCUGACGUACGAGGACCACUUAUAUGCUUGUAUCGCCGCUGGCUAUUUAGAUUUACAAUUCUCAGUAACGACUCCCCAACGACCUUGCCCGUAUAAGUGGCACCUUUUAAGCGAAUUAAGGAACGCUUCCGACGAUGUUGCUACCUUCGACGCGGAGCUCAGGAAACACUUCACAAUGUACACGGAUGACGAAAGCGAAAUGAAUAGAGAUAUCAAUUACACUUGGAAGAGAUUCAAUAAAGUAUGCCAUUCCAUAAAGGCUCUAAUGUCGUACAGGCCCGUGAGAGAGAAAUACAUAUACGAAGGUUUACAAGAGUUUUACAAUGACAACGUUAGAUAUAUGGAAUUAAGAAGUGGCUUGUCGAAAUUAUAUGAACUGGACGGAAAAGUUCACGACGUAAUGUACUUACCGCGUCUAAUUGACCGAGUAGCGAAGAAGUUUAAACAAACACAUCCUGAUUUUAUAGGCGUAAAAUUAAUUGUUACGCAUCGUCGAUAUCGGAACAUGACACAAAUGCAGUCGGUUAUCAAUAUAGCGCGGCAAAUAAAGAAAGAACUGCCCGACAUUUACGCUGGCCUCGAUUUAGUCGGACAAGAGGAUUUAGGGAAGCCGUUAGUGAAUUUCCUGCCAUUAUUAGUAGAAGCACAGGACGACGUCGAUUUUUACUUCCACGCUGGCGAAUCAAACUGGUUCGGGACGUCUUCAGAUGAUAAUUUAGUUGACGCUAUCCUGCUUGGAUCUAAACGUAUAGGGCACGGGUUAGCCCUUAUAAAGCACCCGGCUCUUAUGACAGCGGUGAAGCAAAGAGACAUAGCGAUUGAGAUUAAUGUGAUUUCUAAUAUAGUGUUGUCUUUAGUGAGUGAUGUGAGGAACCAUCCACUAGCGACUUAUUUAGCUGAUGGUAUGCCUAUAGUUCUAUCCAGUGAUGAUCCCGGGGCGUGGGACGCAGAUCCCAUGUCGUAUGACUUUUACGUAGCAUUUGUGGGUGUUGCGAGCAAGAAGGCAGAUUUGAGAAUGCUAAAACAAUUAGUGAUCAAUUCAAUAAGAUACAGUGCGCUAGAUGAUAGAGCUAAGACGUCAUUGUUCCGACUGUUCCAUAAAAACUGGCAAGAAUUCAUUGAAAAUGUGAUAACGAUGGCUGGACUAAAGUAAAUACUUUAAGCACCUAUAAGUAAUGUAUUAAGUAUAUUCGUGUAAAUAUAAUGUAGAAAUGUAAAUAUAAUUCUAGAAGCCAUAAUUAAUAAUAAUUAAAGAGAUAGAUAGUUAAGUGAUUGUGAACAAAUGCCCAAAAUAAACAUAAUAAUUAUGAUAA